AUGGCCGAGCCGGCCGGCCCAGCCCCGGUGGCACCGCCCCGUCGCCGCAAGAUCCACAAUGCAAGCAUUGAUAACGCAGACUCGACAGACACUUCAAGCACCGCCAGCACUGCUGACACCACAGAUUCCACGGCACCCACCCACACCAUCGUCUUGCGCUCGCGGGUCAUCACAGAUGUCGACAACCAGGGCUUGGUCGAGGCACAGCUCGACACACACACACCCAGUGCCAUCCGCGAUUGCCUCGCUUAUCUCAGCACACCACGCGCCUUGCGCGAGGAAGGCCUCUUCCGUAUCCCGGGUGACCAGCGACAUGUGCGCCGCCUCUAUGAGCUCUUUGAACAAGGUGAACCUCUACGCUUGGACGAGAUUCUGGAGCCCGCCAUUGUCUGUGGCCUUCUCAAGCUUUUGCUUAAGGAGCUCAAGCUGCCCGUCGAUGGCACAACACAGCGGCGUCUCCUCAAGGCCGUCGAUCAAAGCACCGGACCAAGCCAGAGCUUGCGUCGCUGCCGCAAGACGGUCGCUGUCCUCUCGCCUUUUCGAUUUGGCAUGCUUCAAGCCCUGGUUCUCCUGCUGCGGCGCAUCAUUGCCACGCCGGGCAACCUGAUGACGGCUGCCAAUCUGACCACGGCCGUCGGCCCCACCCUCUUUCCCCAGCUACCCAUUCAGAAAACGGGUCUUGUCCUCGAGUACUUGGUUGUUUACUAUCCAGACAUCUUCACCCGCGAGAUUGUUGAGCUGGUUCAUGCCAACAGCACACGGCCCGCCGACCAAGCUCAGCGGCUCAGCGGUGCCUUUAGUGAUGACAACCCCGACCCCGAGGUGGGCGCGCCUGGUCCAUCAAGCCUAAGCAAUGCUGGAUCUGGCAGCGGCUUGGCAAAGCUUCACAACCUUCUCGAGACCCUCGAAACAAAGCGGAAGGUUGCGGCCGCCCCGGCCCCGGCUCCGGCUCCCGUGUCGUCCGGCCCAGCCCCCGUCAUGGCCCCCGCGUCAGUCGACCACGGUGACGAAGACUCGGUUCCGGCACCCACCGAUCCGACUGUGACCACACUCUAUUCCUUUUAA